AUGGAUACAGAGUUGUCGGUCUACUCAACUUUCUCCGAGGAAACCACCGAGCAAGAAGAUGAUAGUAUAUACUACCCGGAAGGAGGUCUCCAGGCAUGGCUGGUGGUCUUCGGCGCAUGGUGCGCUAUGGUCCCAGCCUUGGGCUUGAUGAACACUGCGGGGACGCUCCAUAUCUGGACCAGCACCCAUCAGCUCAGAGACUACCCGGAGUCGAGCUAUGGCUGGAUUUAUGGUGCAUAUGGAUUCUUCCUUUACUUCGCAGGGGCCCAAAGUGGGCCAAUCUUGGAUACAUGGGGCCCAACCUACAUCAUUCUUCCAGGGUCCGUCGGCAUGGUAGUAUCGUUGGUAUGCCUCAGUUUUAGUAAAGAAUACUAUCAGAUCUUCCUGUCUUUCAGCGUUUUGGGAGGAAUAUCGGCUAGUGCUCUGUUCACUCCGGCUGUUGCAGCAAUCGGCCAUUGGUUCAACGUCCGUCGAGCAUUUGUCACUGGACUUGCUUGCACAGCUGGAGGACUCGGGGGUGUGAUCUUCCCUGCGAUCAUCUACUUCAAUGCGCCAAAGAUCGGAUUUGGCUGGUCGAUCCGGAUCAUUGCACUCCUGAGCCUCGUCCUCUGUGCUAUCGCGUGUCUUCUGAUCAGGACCCGGCUACCUCUCGGCAAAGAAACCGGAGGCAGUGCGCUAGCAGAUUUCAAAGCACUGAAAGAUCCCAAGUACGCCGUCACCACAGCCGCAAUAUUUCUUGCUGACUUUGCCGUGUUCGUACCAAACACAUACCUUUCUUCAUAUGCAGUCCACGUGGGGUUGAGCAACACAGUUUCAUACUUGUUGCUUGUCUUCCUGAACAUCGGACUGAUCCCUGGCCGUCUGUUACCGGGUCUAGCUGCUGAUCGCUUAGGGAGGUUCAACAUGAUGGUUGUUACCUCCCUUGUAUGCUCAAUAUUGACCCUUGCAUUGUGGUACAAGUCUGGAAGUAGCUUGGGCGCAAUUGUCUGUUAUGCCGUACUGUUUGGCUUCUGGAGCGGAGCUGCCAUGAGUCUGUCCCCGGUCUGUAUCUCACAGAUCUGUGCAACUGAGGACUACGGAGCGCGGACGGGCACAACGUAUACCAUCGCCAGUCUCGGCGUACUCACGGGGAUUCCGAUCGCCGGUGCAAUCAUCCAGCGCGAUCAUGGGCAGUACGGCGGGCUCAUCAUCUUCGCGGGUGUGCUGUAUCUCGCGGCAGCAGCAGUGUUUGCCGUAGCUCGGGCGAUUUGCAGGGGUUGGUCGUUGAAGACCCGAUUCUGA